UCUCUUUCUCCCUCCCUCUCCCUGGUUUCUCUUCUCAAAAGAAGAGCCCGAACAGGGAGCCCGCAUUCCUGCAGCAAAGCGUGGAAAAUACCCUUUGGCUCUUUUGGACGAACGGGGGGUUCUAGGGCCUUUCCCACCUUUUCCCUCCCUUCCUGUGUCUGCCACCAACGUAAAGCCUCGAACCCUUCUCUUCCAUUCCUCGGUUUACACCCAAAGUUUCGGCAAAGCGCUCUUUGGAAUGUCCCACGGCGUGAACUGAGGUAGCUAUUUGUUACUUUUCGUCAAAAGGGUUCAAGGAGCUAUCGGUCAUUUUGGCCUCCUUCCCUUUUCCCUCACUCUCCAGACCACUAGCAUGUCCAAAUCCCCAUGGCAAUGCGAAGAAAAGGUGAGGAAUCCUAAGAGAAGUACGAAGCCGAACUUCCUAGGAAGCAUUGAUCCUCAAAUGGGUGUUCUUCGGUCCGCGUUUCUCUGUUUGAUGCUCGUGCAAAGCUGCGAGCUUGUCGCCUCCUCUGACUCUGGUGGCGAAUGGAAGACUGCUACCGCGACAUACUCUGUAGAGACGGAUGGAUCUUUGAUAACGGAAGGGGCUUGUGGUUAUGGGGACCUUCACAGGGCCACCUAUGGCAAGUACAGUGCCGGCUUGAGCUCGAUGCUGUUCAACAGAGGGAGUACCUGCGGGGCUUGCUUCGAGCUCCGGUGCGUCGACCACAUUUUGUGGUGCCUCCCUGGUAGCCCGUCGGUGAUCCUCACCGCCACCGACUUCUGCCCUCCGAACUACGGGCUCGCGGCAGAUUACGGCGGAUGGUGCAACUUCCCGCAGGAGCACUUCGAGAUGUCGGAGGCAGCCUUCGCCGAGAUUGCGGUGCGAAGGGCUGAUGUGGUGCCUAUCCAGUACAGGAGGGUGAACUGUCUGAGAAGCGGUGGUCUGAGAUUCACAUUGAGCGGAAACUCUCACUUCUUUCAGGUCUUGGUGACGAAUGUAGGCCUAGAUGGGGAGGUGAUUGCCAUGAAAAUGAAGGGAUCGAAAACAGGGUGGAUACCGAUGGCAAGAAACUGGGGCCAAAGUUGGCAAUCCAACGUCGACCUUAGAGGACAGCCUCUCUCUUUCGAGGUGACCACCAGCGACAGAAGAACCCUCACAUCUUACAAUGUGGCUCCGCCGAGCUGGCAGUUCGGUCAGACAUUUGAAGGGAAACAGUUCUAACAUGGAAAACCAUGAAGAACAGGAACUGUAUACUGCAAGCUUCUCCCAAGCUUCAGGGCAACGCAUUCAUAGUAGAAGCAGAAUUCUAUCAUGUCUUCUCUGUACCAUGAACAUAGUAGCGACGAAAAGAGAGUAGCAAAGUUGCCUAAGACAGUUGAAAAGACUAUGAAUGCAAGGCCCUAGUUUUGUCUCAUUGUAUUGUGUUAAUGAUCGAAAGGUAGAGGCAUGCCUUCAUUGCUAAGCAAUGCAUUUACAUUGGGCAAUUGGAGUAUGUGUAUUUCCAUCAUACCUUCCUAAUGUUAUAAGGAGUAUCUAUUGCUAA